AAGAAAAUGAAUUAGAGAGAAAAUGUCAACCAAGAAACUCUCGAUAGUAGUUAACGUUGUCAUAAUCGUACUCCUCGUCGAUUGACGUGAGUUGUGAGUUGAUUGAGUCUUCUCGUCCUUAAUUGGCAUAAGUAAUCGGCCAUCGUUCUUCACCCGAUCACUGUGUGCUUGAGACAAGGAUGGCCGCUGCCUCUCAAGGCGGGCCAACGUCCUUGGACGGCGAUCUCAGCUUGGAUUCGGGCGUGUCUACGACUCAUCUGGCCACGGAUGCGUCUUCCUUAGUCGAUUUGAAGGCCGAGGUGUUUCGCAAAAAGCAGGAGGCCCAAUUCAAUCGGCUCCAUGGCCAAUCCAAUACCGCGUCGUCUCACUUCUUAUCAGCCUUCCACGGCACUGCCCAGGCCACAGGUUCCACCACCAAACGCAAGAAAACGCCCACCGUCGCAGGUAACCCAGGGGUAGCCGAACGAGCCCAACGCGACCGCGAUCAUCCCGAUGCCAACUUGACCUCGUCUAGUCAAGCUGAGGCUCACCGAGAACGCGUUUUAGCGGCCAAGGCCGAGCUGUAUGAUCAAUUGCAAUCCGGGGAAACUAACCCCAAGGACGACCGAUUCCUAGUGAAUUUCACCCGAACGCCUGUCCACCCUCAAGAAGAUUCCGAUGAGGAACUGGAUUCUCGGUGCUCUUCCGAAAAAUGGGUGGAGUACACCGAUACUUUGGGUCGUACUCGUAGUUGCCUCAAAAGCCAACUCGCAGAGCUCCAAGCGCAAGAUCGAGAAUGGGGUAGUGCCCAGCAGUCGGGGAGUGCGACACCCACUGUGAUCAGCACAUCCCAAUCUAAAGCGUCGCUGGCUUUUUUAGGAGCUAAAGCCCCGGAUCUACUUUCGGAAGACAUGCGGCGCGAGUUGUUGCGUCAAAAGUGGGAAAAAGAAGAAGAGGAGAACCUGCAAAAGCGAAAUGUGCAUUAUCAAGAUGUACUAUUUGACGAGGCUCGAACCCACGGAGCUGCCUUUUAUCAGUUCUCACGGGAUGAACCCGAGCGAGCUCGAGAGAAAGAAGAGUUAGAAACCCGUCAUCAAGAGACUCUGGUGGCCCAAGAACGAAAACAACAAGUCAAACGCCAACGUGAUGCCCUUAUGAAAGAUAGGUUGAAAAAGGUUCGCGAGCGAAAACGCUUGAAAAUGGGACUGCCAUUGGAAAAUGGAGCAGACAAAGACCAAGACGAAAAGGAUCGCCCAAUGGAGUUGUCCGAAUCUUAUGGAACCAAGGAAGAACGUCCUGAGGAUGUUGAACAAUCUAUAGUGCAAGGCCUGAUAGCGCUUAGAGAAAAAGCCGAGGCCGAUCGAGAUGCCAAAAGAAAGUCAAUCGUUCGUGAGUGGGAUGUUGGCAAAGAGGGCGUACCAUCCCUACCCGAUUAUAACAAAAUGAAGGGAGAAAAGAAGAUUUUAGAUCAAAAAGAGUGGAUCCAGGAGCGCCGUUCAGAUAGGAGUUCCGAAUUUGCACCGCCAAGUCUCUACUCGAAUGAAAGCACAAAAACAUCUCGUAAGCAGCACUCUUUGAAACCAGUCACUCCCAAACCUCAAAACGUGUUUGACCAACUUGAUACUACGGCUCCGGGAAUCUCAGAUUUAACUCCAGAUGAAUGGCUCAAUAUUCCACUCCCUGGCUUCCAAAAUGUGCAAUCGUCGAAAAGAGCUGUUCCAGAAAGCCAGUCUUCGUUUUCAUCAGAGCGCUCUAAAUCUUCUCGUAGCGGAAUCGAGAUCGAGCCCCCAAGUUCAAUGGAAUAUUUUAAUCAUGUUAAAAGUGGGAAAUCAAGAUCACGCUAUCCGCCUAAAUUAGACAUUAACAAAGCUUUUACUUUAGGGCUUUCUAAUCGUGUGCGAAAAGGCCCUUUGAAUGAAAAUGAGAGCUCAGAGUCGGAUUGAAUCCCAAUUAAAAUGACUCAUGUCUUGGAUAUCUCACUCUAG